CUUUAUAAGUCUGCUGCCUUCUUUCUCCUCCCACCCCACUGGCCACUUUCCAGCCUACUCGGAUCAGCCUCCUCCCCUCCCAAGGCAGUUCUCACUUCGCUUUCCCCUAGGCUGCAGCCAGCGGGAGCCCCCCAGCUUGCCAGGUCCAGGUGGGGUCAAGAACCUAACCCCAGGAUGUUGACGACAUUGCUGCCACUGCUGUUUUUACUGCUCCUGCCUGGCUGGGCCCGAUGUAGCCAGGAAGCCUCAGAUGGCCAAUGGAACUUCCACAUGAUCCAGAAGUCCUACUUCCGCAACCCCUAUCAAGUGUGGCAUCAGGGCAACGCGACGCUGGGGGGCCUUCCCACACACACGCUGGAAGGCCCAGACAACAAUGUCACCAUCCUCCAGCUACAGCCCCUGCAGGACCCUGAAAGCUGGGCCAUCAUGGAGCGCGGCCUACGCCUCUACCUGCAGCAAUUUUCAGGCCUUGUGAGGCUGGUGCACCAAGAGCGGAGCUUGGCCUUUCCUCUGACCGUUCGCUGCUUCCUGGGCUGUGAGUUGCCUCCCGAGGGCUCUAAAGCCCAUGUCUUCUUCGAAGUGGCUGUGAAUGGGAGUUCUUUUGUGAGUUUCCAGCCAGAGACAGCCUUGUGGGUGGCAGGAUCCAAACCACCUUCCAAAGUGGCCACCUACACCCUACAGCAGCUCAACACCUACAACCGUACUCGGUACGAACUGCAGGAAUUCCUGCAGGACACCUGUGUGCAGUACGUGCAGGAAUACAUCACCACGAAAACCACGAAAGGAAGUCAAACAGGCCGCUCCUACACUUCACUGGUCCUGGGCGUCCUGCUGGGCUGUUUCAUCAUUGCUGGUGUGGCUGUAGGCAUCUUCCUGUGCACAGGUGGACGGCGGUGUUAAUUAUUCUCCAGCCCCCACUGAAAACAGAGCUGAACUGAUGGGGGCUGGCAAAGGAGGAUCUCAGCUUACAGCAAAAUCAGUUCCCCAACUGGGAUGAAACAUCCCAGAAAAUUUGGAGUGGCAGCUGCUUUCUUCUCCCAAACCUGCCAACCAAGUGUUUGGGGCACAGGAGGCAAAGAGGUUAGAUAGAGUACUGUGCUUGCUAAGAACUGAAGAAUUUGCAAACUUUGCUGAACUGAUCCAAGAAGCAAAUGCUUAUCUAUCUUUGUGGAAAAAAGAUCAUGGAGUUGGGGUGAGGGGAGAAGAUGUCUAUAACCCAUCCUCCAAAGACAGAAUCACUCAAGGCAUUCAAAAGACAUAACCAAUAAAACAAGUCAUCCACAACCAAAAGACACAACAUCCAAAACUUCCAGGUGUGUCAGAUUUGGGAAAGGACACUGGUAUAAUAGAGUUAGAAUGAAGUAACUAGAAAAAAGGUAGAAUUAUAAAAUCCAAAUAAUAUGGGAACAAGGAGUUAUCAAUUGAUAAUAAUAUUAAUAAAUUUCUUACUUAUGUAUAAGGCAUUAUUAUUUCCUCUACUUUGCAAAACUCCUGGAAAAGUAACCUAUCCCCUUUGCUUCUGCUCUCUCAUCUCUCACUCUUCAACCCCAUGCAGUCUGACUUCUCUGAAAACUGCUGGAAGAUCAUCAGUGAGCUCUGGUUGUGAUAGCUUCAUCUCCAUGGUAUCUACAAGGUCAGCUAAUCAAUCUCAGAAAAUAGAAUCAGGGAUCACAGCCAAAGUCAUACACAGGAAUGGUCUGGCUUAGGAUGCCACAGCAGGAACCACUAAUCUGCCAUCUUAAAUGAAUUGUAUUCCUUCCCCUGUGUCUUCACCUCGUUUUUUUCAAAAUUCAAAGUCCUGGUGGGAGCAUUCAAUGACUAAGCCUCCAUCAUAUUUCUUUUGCCUUAGCUACCAGAGGAAACAAAGGAAAACUUUAGGUAUCUUUUUUUUUUAAGAUUUAUGAUUUAUGCACACAAGAGCUGGGGUACAGGCCAGAGGUGUGGGGGGUGAGAGGAUUCACCAGAGACAGAGUGGGGAACAGAACAGGCAGAUUGACGGAAGUACACUGCUGAGGGGAGCAGCGGGUGAGUCAGGAGAGGUCUGCUACGCCAUGUGGGUUGCUCCCUGCCCGGGGAUUGAACUUGUGCUGCAGUGGCUGCAGAUUGCUUCAUAGGUUGUGUCUUAACCCCUGCACCACCAGGGAGGCCCCAACUUUGGUAUCUUUAGGUUCUUUGGAGGGAAGUAGGACCCUGUCUCCAAUGAGAUUCACACAGAGGAAGAGGUUUUAGAUGUUGGGAAAACAAUAAACAAAAACAAAGUGAACCCCCUCAGUGUUCUCUAUAUCUCUCAUCAUUUAUUUAUUCAUUCAGUAAACAUUUGUCAGUAGCUUCCACAAGCCAAGUUUAAUGCCAUAUACUUUAGAAGAUACAAAAUGACUAAGACAGCCUCCCUCUCAAGGAGCUGAUU